AUGUACCCCGCCUGCGACGAAUAUUUAUCCCACACACAGGGAAAACCCACCCUUUCAACCCAAGACAACCACCAAACCACCGAUAUGUCGUCGACUACCCAGGAUACCGCUGCCUCGCUGCAAUACACUUGCAAUACCUGCCUCGUCGCCUUCCACCGCAGCGAUGCGCAGAGAGAUCACAUGCGAAAAGAUUGGCAUCACUACAACAUGAAGCGGCGCAUGGCUUCCUUGCCUCCUGUUGCACUUGAAACCUUCAACGAAAAAGUUCUUGCCGCCAAAACUGUGUCCAACGAAGCCGCCGCUAAGGCCUCAUACGAAAAGACUUGCCACACUUGCAGCAAGGCAUUCUACAGCGAGAACUCCUACCAGAACCACGUCAACAGCUCCAAGCACAAGCAGCGCGAAGCUCGCCUCCGCAAAGAUGGUGAUUCCGCUUCCGUCCAGAGUUCCGCGUUUUCCCUGGGAGAACCUGUCACCAAGUCCGACGAAACCGACAUUUCCAAGGUCACUGAGAACCUGAAGACGGCCACCAUCGAUGAGCAAAACGAGGAUGAUGCUGAAACCGAGGAGGAUGUCAACAAGGUUGAAUUCUCACCAGGUCAUUGCCUCUUUUGCAAAAUUGAAUCAACCGAUAUCCAUACCAAUGUCGACCACAUGCGCAAAGACCAUGGCAUGUUCAUCCCCGAGCAAAAGUACCUGGUAGAUCUCGAUGGCCUUAUCAACUACCUCUUCCGCAAAAUCACCGAAAACUUCGAAUGUCUCUACUGCCACACCAUGCGAAACACCGCACAAGCCAUUCAAACUCACAUGCGCGACAAGAGUCACUGCAUGAUUGCCUUCGACAGUGAAGACGAGCAAGUUGAAAUCGGCCAAUUCUAUGAUUUCCGGGGCACUUACUCCGAGGAUGAGGAUGAGUCCUCGCCAGCGAGCGGCGAUGCCAAGGCCACCGGUGAUGGAGAGGAUCAAGGUUGGGAAACUGAAAGCUCCGCAUCUUCCGUCGAUGAGGACGACCUCGACAACUACCGCAACAAACCAGCCGCCUACGAGCACGACUACGAACUUCACCUUCCCUCCGGCAAGAGUGUCGGUCACCGUUCGCUCGCCAAAUACUACAGGCAAAACCUGCACAACUACCUUUCGCCUUCUGAGCGUGCUGCUCGCCAGCUUGCAAUCGAGAAUGGAGAGAUUGAAGAGGAUAUGGGCCGCGUCCGGACCAACCAUCACCGUGCUAUUACCACUCGUGCCAACGGCGGUACGGGUAUGAUUGGAGCCACCGAAGAACAAAAAGAGACUGCUCUCACUGCAGAGCGCCGUGAGCGAACUCGUGCACUUCGACAAGAGAACCGCUACGUCGCACGCGUCCAAAGAGCCAACAACUUCCAGAAGCACUUCCGGGACCCUCUUCUGCAAUGA